UGCUAGCAGGGAAAGAAGUGGCACUACUCCCAGUGUAUAAUGUGUAAUCUACUGUGAUUCUGGGGCUGGGAGAUGAAAUAGUGAUUGAUAUUUAAUGAGCACUGUGUAUCUAUUAUGUUGUCAACUUUAAAACUACAUCAGAAGCCUUCAGACUGCACAGAAUCGUACUUCAUGAACACUAGCGUACACGUUUCAUCACGGAGAAACCCAAACAGGACAAAUUAUCUUCAGAUAACAAUAUUGCAAAGAUCUUUCGUGACCCAAGAAUAUGCCAUCCAGAAACCAUCUGGACAAAGUUGGCCGGAACAAAAAGAAGAAAUGGACAGAGGAGGCCAUGGAGCGUGCGCUGACAGAGGUGAAGUCUGGUAGGUGCACAGUGAGGCAGGCUGCCAAAGCAUUUGGUGUCCCUAAGUCCUCGCUCGGAGACAGAGUGAGCGGACGGGUGACACCAGGGAGUCGCAGCGGGCCCGCUCGUCUCAUAACCUCUGCCGACGAGAAACUGUUGGUAGAGUUCUCCUUAUACAUGUCCAAGCAUGGAUUCCCACUUACCAAGCAGCAGGUAGUGUCCUUCGCGUCCUCGAUUUAUAAGCGGCAGCAUCGGAGGGUGGCAUUUUCCAAACUGGGCCAGACGUGGUGGCUCAAUUUUAGAAAGCGGCAAGAAAAGAACAUUACCAUUCAGCCAGCAGACAAUGUUGUGCGUGGGAGGGCAGUAUGUGUCAGGAAGGAAGCGGUGGAUCAGUUUUUUCGCCUGUUAAACACGGUCAUAGACACACACAGGCUAAGAGACCUGCCGGGCCAAAUCUACAACUGCAGCGAGACGGGCUACCAGCUGGGCAGGAGGAAGGCCGUCCUCUCCAAACCCACCAGUCUGGGCUACAAGCCAGCAUCAAGCUCCAGGGACCACGUCUCUGUCCUGGCGUGCUUCAACGCAGCUGGAGAAGAUGUUCCUCCGUUUAUUAUAUACUCAAAGGCCUAUCCUGGGGGAGUGUGCUACAAGACCCAAGGCCCACCUAAUGCCCUCUACGGGUGGUCAGAAUCUGGUUAUGUUAACUCAGAACUCUUUAAGAAGUGGUUCCUCAAACUUUUUCUCAUUCAUGCACCAAAGGUGCGUCCUCUGCUACUGAUUUUCGACGGCCACAAGUCGACUGUGAGCCUGGAGGUGGUGGAGUCGGCUCGCAAAGACGGCAUCGUUCUUCUGUGCCUUCCUCCUCAUUGCUCGCACAUCCUGCAGCCACUUGACACCGGCCUCUUUGUGGUCCUGAAGCAACGUUUUGCAUCACUCACAGGGGACGGCUGCACCUCCGAUAGCCACUUCAUCAUCAGCAAAAAGGAGUUCUCAGGAGUAUUUAACAGAACCUAUCAGAUAGCAAAGGAAGAGGAAGGUGUCCGAAUUGUGAAGGAAGGUUUCAGGAAAUGUGGCAUAUUCCCGCUCAACCACUAUUCGCUUAAUGAGAUUCAUUUAAUGUCUACACAUGGCAUCAGCCCUGGUGCUGGCGACUCCUUGUUAAAAUCCACACAAGGCAUGCACUCUGUAGCAGAGCUCGCAGCAGCUGGACCCUCCUCCUAGCUCAUUACCAAUUCAUCAAACUGUCUAUACCUUUGAGGUGAGUGGGGUCGGUUCUCCUGAGGAAAGCGUGACUGGUCGCAUAAUUCAACCAAACCCAAUCAACCCAGGCACUCCAUUCAGCGUCAUUAGGAUGCUGUAUGGGUUUACAGCCCUGUCAGGGCGUCAUGCAGAGCCACCCCCCUGCUUCCCUCCAGGACGUUCAGUUUAUCCACCAGCCAGAAGAAAGGGUUGCAUUGAUAUUUAAUUACAUGCCAGCAUUG